UGGGUGGAGGCCAAAGCACGAGGCAUCACUGCAGUGAUGUUCACUUGUCGUCCGUAGGACUCAUCAUCUCAUCAGUACCCCAGCAGUCCCUUGGAACAGAUACUUCGACGAUCAACUCGUGAGUCUAUCGAACGUAGCCUUGACGACUACGUCCAAAGGGCAUACUAAAAUGACCAUUUUCGGCAUCUCCCAGGAAAGCCCGUACGACGACACUGCUCGAGGAACGGUAGCGUCUUCCUGUAGGCUUGGACGGAGGCUAAAGGCUUGGUUGAAACCUCACUGUCGAUGGGAGAUCACUAAGACGCCUCCUUGGAGGCCUUGGGGGAAGGUCUAGUCAUACCAUUAAUCGCUCGAAUCGUCGUCCCUCUCUAGUUGGUACUGGACUUCCGUCCCAACGAGACCUUCCCCUCCCAACCGACAGCCACGUGCACCGAUCGGAUCCUCGACAGGAACAUUCAAAUCUCCAGUGUGGCAUAUCCCGACAACACCUUCCAUGUGGGUUGAUGAAGCGUUUCAAACUGACUAUGGCGGCGCACUGGAGGUCCAUAACAACUUCCUCAUACCACUCUUCGCCGACUUCCUCCUCUCGGGUCUCAACGGCUCGGACCAUCCCAAUGAGCUGUGGCUGAAGGACUGGCCUUUUCACCGAGGGAAGACCAUCAAAAUAUACGAUCUCUUGGGGGCUCUG